GUAAAUAUCAAAUUUAUAAAUACUAUUUAUCUACACAAUGGGCAAUUAUCAAUCAUUUUAUUUAUAUUCACACCCUGAGGGGGUAAGCUAUCCUACCCUUUUUGCACAAAAAAUGAAACAAUCAAACGUAGUUGAGGCAACAUUCGAUCAAAACGAUGAAUUAUAUUGCUCUCACGGUCCAACUUUGAAAUUUCUUAGGAAAAGUGAUGGGGAAGAAAAAUAUUUUUAUUCAUGCUCCGCUUAUAGAAGUAGAAAAGAGUGUGCCUUUUUUAAGUGGUCUACAGAUAAAAUCUCAAAUCAAUAUAAAGGCCGUUGGCUUGAUGACUACAGAACUUUUAAAAAAUUAGGCAUUCCACAUAAUAAAAGGUUUAAAUUAUAUCAAAAUAUGUUAAAAAAUGGAUCUAAAGCUUAUAAAAUAUGUAAUACAUGUAACAUUAUAAUUGGGCAUGAUCAAAAUAUUCAUAUUAAACAUGUUACUAAACCAACAUGUACAAUAAAUGAAACUAAAAUAAAUGAUAAUAAAUCGAUAUCAACUUUGAUACCCAUUCAACAAGACAAAAAAGAAGCUCAAUAUCAUUUUUCUCAAGAAACAAUCAAAUUUAUUGAACAUAUUAUAAAUAAAAUAGAUAUUGAUCCAAGGUUGACCUAUUUUUGGAAUGCAAACCAUUUUGCUCACUAUAAUUUUUGCAAUAAUCAUUUCUUCAAUCCAAAAGGAAGAGUUUAUUAUGAAAAUUUUUUAAUGAAUAACUGCAACAUAAAAAAUGAUGACCCUUUAUUAAUAAUAAUGGACCCACCUUUUGGUGUAUUAAUAGAAGUUCUUGCUAAUUCUUUAGACUUUAUUAUAAAAAAUGCAAAAAAAGUUAUACUUACAAACAAUUAUACUUCAAUGGGGAAUGACAUGCAUAUUCUAUUGGCAAACCCAUAUUACAUGAAAAAUUAUAUAUCAAAAUAUAUGAAAAACCUGGAAAUGCUGGAGUUUAAAGUAACAUAUGACAAUCACAAAAAGAAUGGAAUGAAUGACAUACUUAAAUCACCAAUCCGUCUAUUUACAUCUAUACCUUUAUCUGAAAUAUCUCUAACUCCUGACCUUUUACUCAACUACAAAAUCUGCGAUAAAUGUAACAAGAUGGUGUGCAGGGCCACCUGGCAUUGUCAAAUAUGCCGAACUUGUCCCAUUAAUAUCAGCUCCACCAAACAAUACAAACAUUGCCAUGCUCCAUCUUGCGACACUUGCGUUAAACCUAGUUUCGUUCAUUGUGCCGCUUGCGACAAAUGUCACCCUCCUGUCUCGACCUGCUGUCCUUUAAAAAACAUCGACUCUCAGAAAAACAAAAAGCCAAGAUUAUAUCGAAUAAACUGACCACAUUUUUUUUUGUUAAUUUGUUAAAAAAAAACAAUUUUUGUAUAAUAAUGUGUAAUGUCUGAAUAAUUAUUUGUUCAUUG